AUGCUUGGCAUACUGCCCCCUUAUGGCGACCCCGCCAAACCCUCGGUGGCUUGGGGAGUCGUCAUAGUCGCCUGUAUCGUCAAUUUCCUCGACCUCUUCCAGAGUUCUAUGGUAAUGUUCGGCCUGGCCGACAUUCAGGAGGCAAUGGACUUCAAUCACAGUGAUCUGAACUGGAUCUUGGUUGCAUACACGCUCACAUUUGCUACAAUUCUCCCCGUUGGGGGCCAACUGGCUGAUCGCAUGGGUUUACGCCUCACCUUUCUCAUUGGCACUUUGAUGUUAUUCUGGACAAAUAUCCUCAUCUCUUGGGCCCCAGAUCAGAAUAGUCUGCUUGCUGGUCGAGCCUUAGCUGGCGUCGGGGCCGCCUUGACACCUUCUAAAAAUAUCACGAAGUGCGCGACAGGAAUCUCCGUGAUAAGUCACACAUUUCCACCAGGCAAGAAUCGGAAUAAUGGAUUGGCAAUUUAUGUCUCUUGUGGACCGAUUGGUACGGUGCUGGGCGUUAUCCUUGGGGCGCUGCUCACAGCAUCCGCAGCUGGUUGGCGUUCGAUGUUCUGGUUGAACUUCAUCCUAGCCGGUAUUGCUUGCAUUCUGGGCUUACUGAUCAUUCCAAAUUUUGACCGGGACACAACACGUGGAUUUGAUUACUAUGGCGUGGCAACCUUCAUGGCUGGGACCUGCUUGUUGAUCUAUGGAUUGAACGAUGCGGCAGACAAAGGCUGGAAGCAUCCUGCUAUCAUUGUCACCAUAGUCCUGGGUGGCCUGCUUCUCCUGGCGUUCCCUCUUGUCGAACGCAAGGUAAAUGAUCCGGCGGUACCGGUUUCGAUCAUGCGCAACCCCCAUGUCCUUGUCCCUUUGACUGUGUUCAUGUUUGUUGGCGGUGGCUGGGUUACUUGGUUCUACUUGGCCACGGAGAUAUGCCUUAAUUCACUUCAUUACAAGACGGUUCUCGCGGCCUGUUACUUUCUGCCUGCGACAGCAGUUUCAAUCAUUGGCGGUGGCAUUGGCAACAAGUUAGUUGGCAUGGGCCAUACGAAGAUUGUCAUUGUAGGCGGAUAUGUGAUCAGUGUGGGUGCACUCGUCCCGUGGGGGUUUGUCGGACCUCAGUUCGGGAUUUGGUAUGUGACUGUCUUCUCAAUGCUAUACCUGUUUGCAGCACCCGGGAUAGCAGUGGCUGCGCAGGCCAUCGUACUAAAUGAGAUACCCCUCGAGGAUCACGGCACUGCAGCGGCUCUUAUGAACGUCAUGUAUCAAUUCGGAAGUUCUCUUUUCCUUGCAGUUGUCAAUGUCGUGAUGGGAAGUACUGCGGGUGCCGGAGAGACAAACCAGGACCUCCUGGCCCAGUACCAUAAUGGCAUGUGGACAUUGCUCGGUUUCACUUCCGUGGGGUUGAUUCUGUUUGUGGUAUUCUAUCUUCCACGUGAGUCUCGCCAGGCAGGCAUGGUCGAGAAAAGCCGUGGGGAGGCCUUUCAAGCCAAGGACGAAGAGCACACUAUUUUACCUCCU